AUGUGUGGUAUAUUUGGAUACGUUAAUUUCUUGGUUGACAAAAAUAGAGGUGAAAUCGUUGACACUCUUAUUGAAGGGUUACAAAGAUUGGAAUACAGAGGCUAUGACUCUGCUGGUUUAGCAGUUGAUGGUAAUUUAGUCAAGGAUGGUGAAAAUGGCGAUAUUAUGAGCAACAUUAUUGUCAAAUGUCCAGGUAAAGUCAAAGUCCUCAAACAAAAAGUUCAAGAUGACAAGAUUGAUAGAACUGCUGUGUUUGAUAACCAUGCAGGAAUUGCUCAUACUAGAUGGGCCACUCAUGGUCAACCAAAGGAGGAAAAUUGCCACCCUCAUAGAUCAGAUGCAGCCAAAGGUGAAUUUAUUGUUGUCCAUAAUGGUAUCAUUACUAAUUUUGCUGCAUUGAGAGAAUACUUGUUAUCAAAGGGCCAUCAAUUUGAAAGUGAAACCGACACUGAAUGUAUUGCCAAAUUGUUUAAACACUUUUAUGACUUGAACUUGAAAGCGGGUGUUUCUCCUGAUUUUAAUGAAUUGACCAAACAAGUAUUGCAUGAAUUGGAAGGUUCUUAUGGGUUACUAGUCAAGUCAUUCCAUUAUCCUGGUGAAGUAUGUGGUACUAGAAAAGGUUCGCCAUUAUUGGUUGGUGUUAAAACUGAUCGUAAAUUAAAAGUUGAUUUUGUUGACGUUGAGUUUGAAAAUAAUGCUUCUGGUGCUGUUGUUCAACAACAAAUUGGUCAAACUUUGUCCCCCAAUGGAACCACUGCUCAAGAUUUGGGAUUUAUCCCCGUUGCUCCUGGUGAACAAAAUUUAAGAACUUCACAAUCAAGAGCUUUCCUUUCUGAAGAUGACUUGCCAACUCCAGUUGAAUUUUUCUUGAGUUCAGAUCCAGCAUCAGUUGUUCAACACACCAAGAAAGUUUUGUUUUUGGAAGACGAUGAUAUUGCUCAUAUCUAUGAUGGUGAAUUACAUAUUCAUAGAGCUUCUACAAAGAGUGCUGGCGAAUCCACCGUUAGACCAAUACAAACAUUGGAGAUGGAAUUGAAUGAAAUCAUGAAGGGUCCAUUUAAACAUUUUAUGCAGAAGGAAAUUUUCGAACAACCAGACUCGACUUUUAACACCAUGAGAGGUAGAAUUGAUUUUGAAAAUAACACGGUGACAUUGGGUGGUUUGAAAGCUUGGUUGCCAACAAUUAGAAGAUGUAGAAGAAUUUUGAUGAUUGCUUGUGGUACUUCAUAUCAUUCAUGUUUGGCAACGAGAUCAAUUUUUGAAGAGUUGACGGAAAUCCCAGUUAGUGUUGAGUUGGCUAGUGAUUUCCUUGAUAGAAAAUCCCCAGUUUUCCGUGAUGACACUUGUGUCUUUGUUUCUCAAUCAGGUGAAACUGCUGAUUCUAUAUUGGCAUUACAAUAUUGUUUAGAAAGAGGCGCGCUAACUGUUGGUAUUGUCAAUUCUGUUGGGUCCUCAAUGUCAAGACAAACCCAUUGUGGUGUCCACAUAAAUGCAGGACCAGAAAUUGGUGUUGCUUCCACAAAAGCCUAUACUUCGCAAUACAUUGCCCUUGUUAUGUUUGCCCUUUCAUUAUCCAACGAUUCGAUUUCAAGAGCCAGUAGACAUGAGGAAAUUAUACAAGGAUUACAAAAGAUACCUGAACAAAUUAAACAAGUUUUGAAAUUGGAAGACAAGAUUAAGAAAUUGUGUAAUGAUGAUUUAAAUGAUCAAAAAUCAUUGUUGUUGUUGGGUAGAGGUUACCAGUUUGCCACUGCUUUGGAAGGAGCUUUGAAAAUUAAGGAAAUCUCUUAUAUGCAUUCUGAAGGUGUAUUGGCUGGUGAGUUGAAACAUGGUGUCUUGGCCCUUGUCGAUGAUAAAUUACCCAUAAUUGCAUUUGCUACUCGUGAUUCACUUUUCCCGAAAACCAUGUCGGCAAUUGAACAAGUUACUGCUAGAGAUGGUAGACCCAUUGUCAUUUGUAAUGAAGGUGAUGCAAUCAUAUCCAAUGAUAAAGUUCAUACGACAUUGGAAGUGCCACAAACAGUUGAUUGCUUACAGGGAUUGUUAAAUGUUAUUCCUGUGCAAUUGAUUAGUUAUUGGUUGGCGGUAAACCGAGGUAUUGAUGUUGAUUUCCCUCGUAAUUUAGCCAAGUCUGUUACUGUUGAGUAA